AUGGCAGAUCACGCUCGCCGCCCACUUCUCACGGCCAAUUCAGGCCAAUUCAUUGGCUCGCCGGCUGAAGUCGAAGUAUCUCUAGCUAAACUGCUUCAAAGUGCUACACGGUGGGGAGCUCUAGUGCUAUUAGACGAAGCAGAUGUUUUUAUGCAAGCUCGUAACUUGCAAGAUCUGGAGCGCAACGGAAUUGUUUCCAUGCUGCUGCGCACUCUUGAGUACUUCGAAGGGACACUGUUCUUAACAACCAACCGGGUUGGAACGAUUGAUAGCGCUUUCAUGUCCCGAAUUCACCUGGCGCUCUCCUACGAACCCCUAUCCGAAGCAGCGAGAAGACAACUCUGGGAUACCUGGAUAACACGAGCAUGUCGUGGACAGCGUCCUAUUUGA